ACCGCCGGGUGCGCGUCUGGUCGGCCAGCGGUGGCCGGGAACCGCCGGGUGCGCGUCUGGUCGGCCAGCGGUGGCUGGGAACCGCCGGGUGCGCGUCUGGUCGGCCAGCGGUGGCCGGGAACCGCCGGGUGCGCGUCUGGUCGGCCAGCGGUGGCUGGGAACCGCCGGGUGCGCGUCUGGUCGGCCAGCGGUGGCUGGGAACCGCCGGGUGCGCGUCUGGUCGGCCAGCGGUGGCUGAGCGUCUGGGCGGUUGUCAUGGAGGACGAGCGGGGAGUGGGCUUCAUCGGCGCGGGGAAGAUGGCACUGGCCAUCGCGUCCGGCCUCCUGGCCUCGGGAAAUGUAAAGCCUGAACAAGUGAUAGCUUCUGCUCCCUCGGACAAGAACUUGCAAAAAUUCAAGGAAGCUGGGAUGCAGACGACACACGACAACGUCAGUGUGGUGAAAAAUUGUACUGUCCUUUUCCUGGCCGUCAAGCCACCCAUCCUGCCUCAUGUCCUGGAGAGCAUUUCGCAUUUCGUCACACCCGAGCACCUCAUUAUCUCUGUGGCAGCUGGAAUCACCGUCGAAACACUGGAGAACUGCCUGCCUGCGGACAGCAGGGUAGUGCGGAUGAUGCCAAACUUGCCGUGCGUGGUGCAGCAGGGCACGAUAGUGUUCUGUCGUGGAACGAACGCCAAGGAGCAGGACGGGGCUCUCCUGAAGAGCCUCUUGUCUUCCCUCGGUGUGUGUGAGGAAAUACCGGAAUCCUACAUCGACAUCCACACGGGAGUCAGCGGGAGCGGCGUGGCAUACGUUUACAUGUUUGCUGAGGCUCUGGCAGACGGGGCUGUGAAGAUGGGAAUGCCAUACGAGCUGUCGAAGAAGCUGGUAGCGCACACACUGAUGGGAGCUGCAAAGAUGAUUAUGGAGACUGGGGAACACCCGGCAAAAUUGAAGAGUGACGUGUGCACCCCAGGUGGGACCACCAUCCACGGCCUGUAUGCGCUGGAGAAGGGGAACUUGCGUAGCACCGUCAUGAGUGCUGUAGAAGCUGCAACGAACCGGGCCCGUGAACUGGGUAAACAAUAAGCACCCGUUUUGCAGGCUUCAGCUUCAGCGAUGUGGGAGAGUGGGGUGCAAAUCCUCCUGAUCCACAUGAACUUAAGCUUUAUCUUCAUCAACCAUCUGAUCUCAUUAUUAUAAAUACAACAUACAGUGACGUCGUUACUGAUUAUCUCCUACCCGUGACGCAAGGCACCAUGUUUAGGUAAAACUACCUUUUCUCAAAUUGGGAGAUCAUAGAGUCAUACAAAGCCCUUCAGCCCAUCUAUUCUGUACUGAACUGUCAUUCUGCCAAUGACCUGCAUCCGGAUCAUAGCCCUCCCACUUAUGUAGUUAUCCAACUUCAACGUUGAAAUCAAACUUGUAUCCUCUGCAUCUGCUGGCAACCUAUUCAACAUUCUCACCACCCUCUGAGUGAAGGAGUUUCCUUUAAGUGUUUCACCUUUCACCCUCAACCUAUGACCUCUAGUUCAAGUCAUCCAACCUCAAUGGAAAAGGCCUGCUUGCAUUUACCCUAUUUAUACCCCACAUAAUUUUGAAUACCUCUAUUAAAUCUCCCCUCAUUCUCCUAUGGUUCAGAGACUAAAGUCCUAACCUACUCAACCUUUCCCCAUAACUCGUGUCCUCAAGUCUUGGCAGUGACAUCGCCUGGGACAGUCAGUGGACUUUAUUUAAAUUGAGCCUCCCAAGGAUGGGAGGCACGGUAGCAUAGUGGUCAGUGCGAUGUUAUUACAACUCGGAGCAUCGGAGUUGGGAGUUCAAAGUAAGGAGUUUGUACGUUCUCCCCUGAACCAUGUAGUUUUCCCCGGGUGCUCCAGUUUCCUCCCACAGUCCAAGGAUGUACCAGGUAUGUCAAUUGGUCAUUGUAAAUUGUCCUGUGAUUAGGUUAGGGUUGCUCGGGUUUGUCAGAGGCUGCUGUGGCAGCCCAGCUCAAAGGCUCUACUUGACACUGCAUUGCUAAAAUUAAAAAAAAAUCAGCGAUGGUGAUUGAAUGUGAAGGCCUGGUUUCUAUCUGAUUCACUUUCCUUGGCAGUGCUGUUAUUGGAGCUUGGUGAAGCCGUGUCAUUAAAAGCUGGAAAUUUCUCACAGUUUGUCCUUUUAGCAACAGUCCUCUGCUGGUUUUAAGAAAGGGGGAAUUUUUAGAAUUGUUCCCCCCCCACCCAAUUCUUCAGUUAACAUACAGUUAGUAGGGGGACUGGUUCCUUCAGGUUGUCAUAGCUGGGGGAGGGGGGGUGGUGGCUGGUCGUGCGGAUAGGCUCCCCUGACCUAUUACAUGCUUCCAAUGACAUGCAUCUCAAACCAACUCCAGCUCCUGGCCUUCACGUAUGGCUUAGCUACUAAACCCAGCAGAACCGCAGAAGGGACAAAGGUGCUUCAGACAGGUGAGGCCCAGCCGUCUUUGCGGUUCCUUUGGGUUUGUCAGCUGUGAGGAGGAGGGGAGCCGACUUCAUGGGCUUGCUCUCCAUAUUUCCCUGGCUUGCGUAUCACGUAGACAAGUGGGAUGCGACAUCUGUGGUCAACCCGGACCAACAGACGGCCCUCAGUAGGAGGUCUACACCUCCCCACCCCUUCAGUUAACACAGGGAUAGUACGUUGGAGCACUCCGCAGACUAAGAUCAGCAGGUGCUCAGGACAAAGUCCACCGUGGUCAGUGGGGUGUGAGACAGAGUUCAGAGUCCAUCAAUGGUGAGUCCUGGAGUUAAUAGCAAAGAUUGAAGACCAAAGUCGGUGAGUCCAAAAGUCAAGGCCCAAUAGUCAAAGCCAUCGGAGGUCAU